CGCACUUCCGGGACCGGCGGACAACAUGGCGGCGCCUGAGGAGCAUGACCCUGGGUCUGAAGAAAGCCAGCCAGCGCUCGAGGAGGUGGAAACGAAAACAUUUAAAGACCUGGGUGUGACAGAUGUGCUUUGUGAAGCUUGUGACCAGUUGGGAUGGACAAAACCCACCAAGAUCCAGAUCGAAGCUAUUCCAUUGGCAUUACAAGGCCGUGAUAUUAUUGGACUGGCAGAAACUGGCUCUGGAAAAACAGGGGCCUUUGCUUUGCCCAUUCUGAAUGCUCUGCUGGAUACACCACAGCGUUUGUUUGCUUUAGUUCUCACACCCACCCGAGAGUUGGCCUUUCAGAUCUCAGAGCAGUUUGAAGCUCUGGGAUCUUCUAUUGGAGUGCAGUGUGCUGUGAUUGUAGGUGGAAUUGAUUCAAUGUCCCAAUCUCUGGCACUGGCAAAGAAACCACAUAUAGUAAUAGCAACUCCUGGCCGACUGAUUGACCACCUGGAAAAUACAAAAGGUUUCAACUUAAGAGCUCUCAAGUACUUGGUCAUGGAUGAAGCAGACCGAAUAUUAAACAUGGAUUUUGAGACAGAGGUUGACAAGAUCCUCAAGGUGAUUCCCCGAGAUCGGAAAACAUUUCUCUUUUCUGCUACCAUGACCAAGAAGGUGCAAAAACUUCAGCGGGCAGCUCUGAAGAAUCCUGUGAAAUGUGCUGUUUCCUCUAAGUAUCAGACUGUUGAGAAAUUACAGCAAUAUUAUCUUUUUAUUCCCUCUAAAUUCAAGGAUACCUACCUGGUUUAUAUUCUGAAUGAAUUGGCUGGAAACUCCUUUAUGAUAUUCUGCAGCACCUGUAACAAUACUCAGAGAACUGCUUUGCUGCUCAGAAAUCUUGGAUUUACUGCCAUCCCUCUCCAUGGACAGAUGAGUCAGAGCAAGCGCCUAGGAUCCCUUAAUAAGUUUAAAGCAAAGGCUCGUUCUAUUCUUCUAGCAACUGACGUGGCCAGUCGGGGUUUGGACAUACCUCAUGUGGACGUAGUUGUUAACUUUGACAUUCCUACCCACUCCAAGGAUUACAUCCAUCGAGUGGGGAGAACAGCCAGAGCAGGGCGCUCUGGAAAGGCUAUUACCUUUGUCACUCAAUAUGAUGUGGAGCUUUUCCAGCGCAUAGAACACUUAAUUGGGAAGAAGCUGCCCGUCUUUCCAACACAGGAUGAUGAGGUUAUGAUGCUGACAGAACGUGUGACGGAAGCCCAGCGAUUUGCGAGAAUGGAGCUAAGGGAACAUGGAGAGAAGAAGAAACGAUCUCGGGAGGACACUGGGGACAAUGAUGACACAGAGGGUGCUAUUGGUGUCAGGAACAAGGUGGCUGGAGGAAAAAUGAAGAAACGAAAAGGCCGUUGAUCUUGAUCUCUGCCUUCUGGUCUGUGAAAAGGAUUGAAUAAGAGGAUGAAAUCUCCAACAUUAGUUCCUGAGACUGAAUUAUCUGUCGGAAUUAUAUCUAGACUCUGCUCCAGCUAAUUCAGUGCUCACCCCCUUUUCCAUGUAUUGGAGCACCAUCACUGCAGACUUUUUUUCUUUUUUUUCUUUUUUCUUUCACAGUGCUGAUGUCAAGACUAUCUCUGCUUUCCAACUUUGGUGCUCUUGUCACUUCACACAGACCUUUGGCUUUUUUUCAACUGCAAGUCAAAGGCAGGCUGAAAUUACUUGACCUGUAAUUACAAAGAAUGGAAGCUUCUGCCUAUAAAAUAAUUGAUGCUUAAGCACCCUCAACUUGUGUUUCAUCAGGCCUAAUGUGAGAUAACAAAUUUGAAUUUAUAUUUUUUUUAAAGAUUUAUGCCCCUUGAGGACUGUUAUAGAUUAAAGGACUUUAUAAAUUUGAGUAAGAGCUUGAUAAUAGGUCAGAAACUGAUUGAUGCUAGUAACUUACAUGACAGAUUUCUUUGGUUGUCUCAAUUUAACAUAAACAUUUACGACUAAAAAAAUCAACAAAGGGACAAGAUGAUGGUUGCUUUUGAAAGGAAAGUCCUUAAAGGGAGCUUGCAUUUUUUUCUUGAGAAUGGAGCAGAGUCCUUAACACUGCAGUCUUUUAGAUCCCUGUAUAGACUAACUUCCCUGACUUCAUGGAUUAAGGGGCUGAGGAAUGGGGUGAUGUGGGGUAGGAAAACUGGUUCUCUUCUUCCCAGGUAGUCACAAAAUCAGGAAGCAUCUGAAUUGCAGGCUAGUUUUAAGACUUCAUUUCACCUACUUGUCAUUAGUUUCCACCUUCAUCCUUUUGUCCCCAUCUACUGCGUGAUUCAGUUUAGAAGACGUAAAGCUAUGUUGACAGAUCCUGGGAAGGAAGUAAACCUGAGCACUUUAGCGACUGGGUGGGGCAAGACAGAGUAGGUGGAAAGGAGAAAUAACUUUGAGUUUCUCAGUCAUCUAUGUUGUGAAGGCUUUUACAUAGAUGAUGCCUACAUACUUUUAAUGUAGCAUUUUUAUUAGAAGUGUGUGUCUGGAGUGAUAGAACCAUCAUGAUGAUUUCAGUAGCUUAAGAAUGACAGAUACGAUAUUAAUAUGUUGAUAUAUUAAAAAUAUAACUAUAUAUAUAUAUAUAAUUAAUGAGAGAGCGUAAACCAGAGCAUCAUUCUUGCAUAUGCAAUGCUGGGGAUCAAAUUCAGACCCCACGCCUAUAAACCAAGUACUUUACCUGCUGUACCACCUUAGCUGUGAGAAUGAGAAAAUGAGGUGGGCUUUUUUUCUUUUUUUCUUUUCUUUUUUUUUUUUUAAGAUUCAUUUAUCUUAAUGAGAGAGACCAGAGCAUUACUCUGGCACGUACAGCGCCAGGGAUUAAAAUCAGGACUUCAUACAUGCAAGUCCUGUACUCUGCCAUGGAGCCACAUUCAAAGUUGCUCAAAUGAGUUUUGGUUGGAGAGAAUCUUUCCAUAUAGAAGUAUCCUUUGCUUUCAAAGUUAUGCCAAAAGGUGAAAAAUGAACUUAGCAUAUUUCUUUUACAGCAGUUAUUCUAGAAGCUAUGGCAUCUUGAGCAGCAAGAAUGGCUCCGCUAAUCCCAUCCUAGGAACUGCUUGCUUUAUAUAGGCUAUGUAUGUACCAUUCCUGCCUUUGUUCUAUACACCUUUUUGGGGAGGGGACUAGAAACACCAAAAGAUGUUUCUAUUCAAAUUAAUGGAUUUGCUUCUUUGCCUAUACCAUUUGAAUUUAUGGAAAGUUUCACAGAAACUCUUGGUUUCAGGGAAGCUUAUAAUCUUAAAUUUUAAAGAAUGCAUUUUUUUAAGAAUCCAAGAGUCAAGGGAGAUGCAAAAAAAUAGAUGUCAGUAAAAUUCUAUGGUAGUCAGGUGUCAGUUAUUGACUGCAGGAAGAUUUUUUUAAUCUUAGUUUUUUGGCACUAAAGUCAUUGGUGGGCCUCAGUGGCACUACUGUGGCAUAAGUCCAAUGCUGGCAGCCAUUUUCCCCCUUUUUACUGCUUCUGAAGCUUUUUCCCUGCAGGUGGGGACUGGUGAUUUGAACCCAGGUUGCAGUAACUCGUGUGCUCCCUGGCACCAAAGAUCUUAGAAAAAAAUGUUUGGAGUUCUUCCUGCCACCAAUAUAUUCUAACACCUGGCCUACUUUAUUGUUUAGCUUGUUUUAAACUUCACUUCUACUCAUGAUUUGAGAUAAGCAGAGUACUCAGAAGGCAAUGAGGUAAAGGAAAGGAGAGGCAAAUAGUUGGGGGGGGCUGGCUGGGGCACACACCUGGUUAAAUGCUCACACUACUGUGCACAAAGAGCCAGGUUCAAGCUUCUAGUCCCCACCUGCAGGGGGAAAGCUUCAUGAGUGGUAAAGCAGGAUUGCAGGUGUUUCUGUCUCUUUUUUUUUUUUUUUAAAGAUUUUAUUCAUGAGAAAUGACAGGAGAGAAAGAACCAGACAUCAUUCUAGUACAUGUGCUGCUGAGUAUUAAGAUCAGGACUUCAUGCUUGAGAGUCCAAUGACUUAUCCACUGUGCCACCUCCUGGACCAUGUUUCUCUGUCUUUUUCCCUAUCUCUUCCUCUUCUCUCAGUUUCUCUGUCUCUAUCCAAUAUUGAGUAAAUAAAAAUAUUUUUAAAAUA